AGAGUAGAGAGAGUGAGGAGUGGCGCAAGGGUAGCGCAUCACUACUGUUAUACUGUAAUCCCCAUCAUAAGAGAACAAAAACGUUGCCAAUAACUGUGCUGCUUUCGCCACGUGUCUCCAUCUGGUUUCCUCCUUCCUCAUGGUAAAACAUCACAGCCCCACAAUUACAAUUGCUCCCCCUUCCAUCACCAUUCACCACCAAAACUCUCUUCCUCCAACAAACCGAAACAGAAAAUCAUACAUCGUCUCGUCAUACACAACACACACUGCUCUCUUUCUCUCUCUCUCUCUCUCUCUCUCUCUCUUUAUUCCAUCAGAAUACCAAUUUACGUAGGCACAGUGAAGCAGUAAGCAUGACGGACAUUACAGAUGAUAUAGCCGAGGAGAUAUCGUCCCGGGGAUUUGAAGAUGACUGCAGAUUACUGGGAAAUCUUCUCAAUGAUGUUCUUCAAAGAGAAGUCGGCCCCAAAUUUAUGGAAAAGCUCGAAAAAACCAGAAUCCUCGCUCAGAGUGCAUGCAACAUGAGAAUGGCUGGAAUUGAGGACACAGCAGAGCUUCUUGAGAAGCAACUGGCUGCAGAGUUGUCAAAAAUGACACUUGAGGAAGCCCAAUCACUUGCACGAGCAUUCAGUCAUUAUCUAAACCUGACAGGGAUUGCAGAAACUCAUCACAGAGUAACCAAGGCUAGAAGCUCCUCAAAAUUGUCAAAAUCUUGUGACGACACCCUAAAUCAGCUUGUGCAGUGUGGUGUUUCUCCGGAUGAGCUUUAUGAUACUGUUUGCAAGCAGGAGGUCGAAAUUGUCCUCACAGCACAUCCCACACAGAUAAAUCGACGAACCUUGCAAUACAAACAUAUCAGAAUUGCACAUCUUUUGGAAUAUAAUGAUCGGCCUGACCUUGGGGAUGAAGAUCGAGAGAUGUUGAUUGAAGAUCUGGUGCGAGAGCUUUCUUCAAUAUGGCAAACAGAUGAGCUCAGGCGGCACAAGCCUACUCCAGUGGAUGAAGCCAGGGCUGGCCUUAAUAUAGUAGAGCAAUCACUUUGGCGAGCUGUACCUCAUUAUUUACGUCGUCUCAGCAAUGCUCUAAAGAAGCAUACUGGAAAGCCACUGCCUUUGACAUGCACUCCAAUAAAAUUGGGAUCUUGGAUGGGGGGUGAUCGAGAUGGAAAUCCUAACGUGACAGCAAAGGUCACAAGAGAUGUAUCUCUUUUAUCCCGGUGGAUGGCUAUGGAUCUCUAUAUGCGUGAAGUCGAUAACCUCAGAUUUGAACUCUCCAUGAACCACUGCAGUGCAAAGUUAUCGAGGCUGGCACAUGAAAUUUUAGAGAAAGAAAAAUUGGAGGAUCGGCAUGAGAGUUGGAGCCAACAAUCAGAUCGGGUUCAAUUUAAGAACCACAGCAAUCAUGCUCCACCUCUUCCACAACAGCUUCCAGCAGGAGCUGACCUACCCUCUUGUGCAGAACACAAUGACGUGGACUCUCACUAUCCACGAUUGGAUCUUCCUGGAUCAGAAUUCAUGCCAUUCAAUCGUGAGGAUAGUCAGGAGAACUUGAUGCUGAAAGAAUCUUCUAGUGAUAUCCGUAAACUUUCCAUUAAAACACAUGGAAACGGCAAUGUCAAUAAUAGUGCAGGAAAUGCUCAGCCAGUUGUGACACCAAGAGGAUCUUUUACCUCAGGUCAACUUCCCCUUCAGAGGAGACUAUUUGUUGAAUCUCAGAUAGGAAGAAACAGUUUCCGGAAGCUUCUAGAACCAAGCUCUUCCCAGAUACCUGGAAUGGCUCCUUACAGAGUUGUUCUAGGGAAUGUGAAAGAAAAGCUUUUGAAGACACGGAAACGUCUGGAACUUCUCCUUGAGGACCUUCCUUGUGAACAUGAUUCUUGGGAUUAUUAUGAAACAUCAGAGCAACUUUUGGAACCUCUACUACUGUGCUAUGAUUCACUGCAAUCUUGUGGGUCUGGAAUCUUAGCUGAUGGUCGGCUGGCUGACCUAAUUAGACGUGUUGCUACUUUUAAGAUGGUGCUAAUGAAGCUAGACCUUCGUCAGGAAUCUGGUAGACAUUCAGAAACACUCGAUGCAAUAACCCAAUAUCUGGAUAUGGGCACCUAUAGCGAGUGGGACGAAGAUAAGAAACUUGAAUUCCUGACAAGAGAGCUGAAAGGGAAGAGGCCACUAGUUCCUCCAACCAUAGAAGUUGCCCCUGAUGUUAAAGAAGUAUUAGACACCUUCAGAGUAGCCGCUGAACUGGGAAACGAUUCACUUGGAGCAUAUGUGAUUUCUAUGGCCUCUAAUGCUAGCGAUGUUCUGGCUGUGGAGCUUUUACAGAAGGAUGCUCGCCUUUCCGUUGCGGGAGAACUAGGCAGACCAUGUCCUGGUGGAACGCUUCGGGUUGUUCCUCUAUUUGAGACUGUGAAGGACUUGAGAGAAGCUGGUUCAGUCAUCAGAAAGCUACUAUCGAUUGAUUGGUACCAUGCUCAUGUUAUUAAGAACCAUAAUGGACACCAGGAGGUGAUGGUUGGAUAUUCUGACUCAGGUAAAGAUGCUGGCCGCUUUACUGCUGCGUGGGAACUUUAUAAAGCACAAGAAGAUGUUGUAGCUGCCUGUAAUGAAUAUGGCAUAAAGGUUACUCUCUUCCAUGGGCGUGGAGGCAGUAUUGGGCGUGGUGGUGGUCCCACACAUCUUGCCAUUCAAUCCCAACCACCUGGUUCUGUUAUGGGUACUCUAAGGUCAACUGAACAAGGAGAAAUGGUGCAAGCCAAGUUUGGACUUCCACAAAUGGCCGUUCGGCAGUUAGAGAUCUACACAACAGCUGUGCUUCUUGCUACAUUACGGCCUCCACAGCCACCUAAAGAAGAAAAAUGGCGUAGUCUAAUGGAUGAAAUUUCUAAAAUCAGUUGUACUACUUAUAGGAACACAGUGUAUGAAAACCCAGAAUUUCUUGCUUACUUCCAUGAGGCCACGCCUCAGGCUGAGCUUGGCUGUCUCAACAUUGGAAGCCGUCCAACACGAAGAAAGACUUCAACUGGAAUCGGACACCUGAGGGCAAUUCCAUGGAUUUUUGCCUGGACUCAGACAAGAUUCGUUCUCCCUGCUUGGCUUGGAGUUGGUGCUGGCUUGAAGGGUGUAUGUGAGAAGGGCCAUACUGAAGAUUUACGAGCAAUGUACAAAGACUGGCCAUUCUUCCAAUCCACUGUUGAUCUAAUAGAAAUGGUUCUUGGAAAAGCAGACAUCCCAAUGGCCAAGCACUACGAUGAAGUUUUAGUGUCUCCAAGCAGGCAACAGCUCGGGGCUGAGCUGAGGAUGGAGCUUUUAACGGCAGAAAAGUUUGUUCUUUUGGUUACUGGACAUGAGAAGUUAUCAGAAAACAACAAAAGCCUGAGGAAGCUUAUUGAGAACAGGCUCCCUUAUCUAAAUCCAAUGAAUAUGUUGCAGGUGGAGAUACUGAAAAGGUUGAGGGGGGAUGAAGAUAACAACAAACUACGAGAUGCACUGCUUAUCACCAUAAACGGAAUUGCUGCUGGGAUGAGAAACACUGGUUGAACACCAUUAGUCACGCCUAAAGUUCCACCUUAUCAAUCAAAAUACGUACUUCCAUAUCAAUGAAGAAAUUGCUUUUGUUUACAAGCUUGGGUACUAAUGUCGUAGGAAUGAGCAACGGUACACUGUUGACCAAUCUUCUUGCACCGAUAAACCACUUUUUAUAUGCAGAAACUCUUGUAAGAGAUAUAUAUAUAUAUGUUGGUGUUUGCAUCAUCGCUUAAAAUUUAUAGUUACAUAUCCUCUUGUUCACUGUUCCUAUUAAACGUGAAAUCAAUUGUACCA